AAAUGAGCAGCGCUGUGAUCUUUCCUUGUCCUCAGUCGUCAAGUAAGUUGCUUUCGCUCCCCUGUUUCGUUGUUCUGUACUUGUAGCAACACAUCAACGAGUAGAUCUCCCCCAGCACAUUGGGUUAUGUUUGCCUAUAUGCAAUGCGCGGAGAAUGGUUCUAUAGAUCGUAGAAUGAAAGAAACAUUUUGAGCCAAAAAAAUUGCCAGAGGAGCCUUUUUGUAAGCAACAUUUCAGACAAUUUUGUAGUAAUGGAGCUGGGCCGGAUUCUCGUAACGACUACGGGCAUACUGCUGCUGGCGUUGCUGCAGGGAUGUUGUAGUGCUGUCCAAGAUCCGGAAACCUGCGACUAUGACCAGCCAUCAGUGUGCGACGAUAACAACGCCUGCACGUUUGACUGGUGCGACGCCGUGGACCGAUUAUGUCACCAUGACGUCAUUCCGUGCGAUAAGUGCGGCCAUAACGAGGCAGUUGAUUACGUCAUGGUGAUGGCGAACAGGCGUAGCUGUACAGUGAACAUGACACGGUUACGGGUUGCCGAGCUCUCAUACAAGAGACUAGUGGCGAUGACGCGGCAAGCAAAUGUCUCGUUCAGAGUUUCCGCCGUGGCCGUUUCGGAAUCCAUCUUUCCCGAAAAGGAGAGAUUCAUGACAUUGCUCACUCGAGGGUUCACGCGGGAAUCCAGCGUCCUAGACGCAUACUUCAGUGAAGCACCGUUAGAGCACGAGGCGUUCAAAGCGAAGUCGACUCAGCCUGCCGGUUCAGGCCGGGUAUCAGAAGAAAUGUUCACGGUCGCACAGGUAUUGCAAGGACGUGACCCCACCGUUCUGACUGCCACCGACGGUAGCAUCAACCUUGCCAUCGCCCGUAAGGGAGGCUUGGCGUUCCGUCCCUUUGCCCGCACCCACAUCAUGCUGUUCUCGGGUCUGUGUGCUGACACCGAAGACACCAGCAACGAAGAAGAGCUGGCGGCGCAGGAGGAUGCGGACUUGCUGGGGAAAUGGAUGGACGAAGUGGUGGACCUCGCCAAGUCGCACGCGAACCCCAUCUCCGUGUCUAGCUACCUACCCGGCGACGACGCACUGCGACGUGAGACACUCGGCGAGCCGCGGCUGGACGCAUCGUACGGCGAUGGACGAGGCUUCAGCCGCUCCGUGACACUGCAGAGUCUCAUAGACGCGGGCCAAGUAGAGGCUAGCUCCUUGCAAGCGUAUGCACUGGCUGCCGGCCUCGACUUCCGCGUGUUUGACUACCACAACGCCAGCAGCCACGGCAAGCAUGCGUACGCCGGCCUGUUUCAGGCGAGCGGUGGCGACGGCAUUGUCACAUGCACACGUUGCAAGAUGUACGGAUGUGACCAGGAGACUGGAUGUGUGUCCAGCAAGCGUCAGUGCGCUGACGGAGAGUUCUGCUCUCCUCUCGUCGGCUGCAUGCCGGAGAUACUGCCGCCGCGGGCCCUGGACAUGCAGCUCCUCACGCAUUCACAGUCGUACGCAGGCAAUAUCGUCAUCCCAGAGUCGACACUGAGCGUUCACACUCAGCAAGCCGGUAAGGAUCAACCUCACGACAUUAACAAUGACUCUGGUUCUAGUACAGGUAUAAGAGACGCACAUCAAGGCCAUUCAUCAGCCUCGGAAAGUGAUCCUCGCGCAGCAGUAACGGACACGGCCGGCAAUCAACACGAUGCUCCUAUAGCUCAAUCAACACCCGACGGGGUGCCACCUUCGAAACCAAGUCCACGAGGUCAAGUCGAGGAUGGUACAAACGAGCGUGACCCAGAUGAUGGCCGUCACCGCCAAAGCAGCAACACUACCACUACUACCACAGGUCACCAAGCGUCUUGUAUAUCGCGGGCACAGUGGCGCGAUCGCCUCAACCCGAUCGCCGUGGACGUACGCCAAUGGUCACCGGAACGCACCUUCACCAAUGACCUCAUCGCCGCCGGACGGCCGGUAAUAUUGCGCAACACAAUGGCCGCCCAGUGGCCGGCGCUGACACGCUGGACGGAAGCGUUCCUGCGGCGCGCCCUCAACGACACCCUGCUCAACGUCAAGCAGACACGUGGACACACGGUCACGUUCGAUCCGGACCUCAAGGCACCGAUGUCGGCGCUCAAAUCGAUCAACCUCACGCGACCGUACUCUGUUACGAAUAUGUCCCGCGAUGACUUCUUCAACGCGUUGAACAGCGCGAGCAACGAGGAAGACACGGCGAUCAGCAGUGGAGAGUAUUAUUUCACGGACCUACCACAGCGUCUACAGCAAGACCUGACCGAGUCACACCUGAUGUUUGCCAGUAGCGACGACUUCAAGUUACGCCGUCAUUUCCUCUGGCUGUCUUCGGCAGGCAUGGUCACGCACUCUCAUUUCGAUCAAGACUACAAUUUCUUUGUUCAGCUGAGCGGCCAUAAGACGUUUACGCUGUGGAUGCCGGAAGACUUUGGUCUGAUGUACAUGUACCCGCGCCUGCACCCAAUGUGGCAUAAAUCCCAGGUUGACCCAGGCUCACCGGACAAUGGCCGCCAUCCACUGUUCUCUCGUGCCCAGGCCUACGUGGCAUGUUUGUCGCCUGGUGACUUGCUGUACGUACCUCCGUACGUGUGGCAUCACGUCGUCUCGGAGACACGCUCCAUCUCCGUGUCUACCUACUCUCAUGAUCAGCUGGUCCGCAAGCACAUGAACGCUAUCUACAAACACGAUCAUAAGUUUGACCUGCUGGCCAAGCAGCGGGGCAAGAUGUUCGUCCUCCGAAUGUUCCUGGACAUCAUGGUGCACAACCUGUAUGGCAAGGGAGAGACUGCGCCGUUUUUCAGUCGCCUACUCGGCACACGCUACCAAGGCAUGGAGAAGCUGUUCCCCAUUCGUCGUGAUCACCCUCGCCUGUGUCGCGGUAGCAAGGGACGCGGUAAGAUGCCCACCGCCCAGCAUGUCUACGGCUACGCCACGUUUGAUGCCAAGGUCGUCUCCAAGCACUUCAUGAAACUGCCCAGCGUCGUGCGGGACAUCCUGUUCUUAGACUACGUCGAGGAGAUCUCGGCGCAGGUGGUGGGCAUUGAGGAUGUGUACGCAUUCUUCCGUUAUUGCUUUCAUGAACCAGUGGAGUACUACGUGACAGAGCCUGAUGGUGCGGAACACGACUUGUGGGAUCAUGGCGUGGAGGACGACGCAAACCCAGAGGACUAGUAGGGCAGCAAUGGAAAGGCAGUCUUGCCCUCUUCCACCUCCAUUGUCAGCAGCGAGAGCAGCAACACUGUCCCAUAGCCUCAACGGUGCUGCGAUGCAAUUGAACAAGAGACGAGCACAGUCCAUGCCGAUGGAUGAUCUGGAUGCGCAUUGCCAGGACGUCGUUCAUCACGUGAUUAUUUGUCUAGCUAAUGGCUACAAAUGUGUUUGCGUACACCAUCAUGGAAACAUUUGAGUGUGGUGGUUAAAGUAAGAGUCUUGAGUAUCGCGGCUUCAACGGCUAUUAUAUUAUUGUAGGGAGGUAUUUUGAACAAGUUGAGUUAUUCCGGUUAUUGGAUGGGACCUGUACAGAAUUCCGCUAUCUUUUCCCCAGCACGCUUUUUUCAUUUGUUUUUUUUCUAUUUAUACGUUGUGCCGUUCCUUGAGCAUGCUCACUGUUGCGGGCAAUGGUGGUGCAUCUGGCAACGUGAAAUUAAACUUAAUGCUAGA